AUGGCAGAGAAUAAUAGUAGUGUGGUUCUAUUUGAGAGGUUUCUUCAACGGUGGAUGGUUAGUCAGGAGCACUACCUAGACGAGCUUUUAACGACGGAGCGGAAUUGUGGUGAAUACGGGGAGAAGGAAAUGACGGAUUUGGUUUCGCGAGUGCUGACGCACUAUCAACUAUACUAUGAGCAGAAAUCCAGAGUGAUCGAGAGGAACGUGUUUGUGGUGUUCUCACCACCCUGGUUCACCCCUCUGGAACGGACCCUCUUGUGGAUUGGUGGGUUCAAGCCCGGGUUAGCCUUCCGAAUCGUGGCUGAGGCCGUGGGGGAGCUGUCGGAGGAUCAGAGGAGGAGGAUGAAUGAGCUGCAGGAGGAGACGAGGACGGAGGAGAGGUUACUGAGCGACGAGUUGGCGAGGAUUCAGGAGACCGUGGCGGCGCCGCCCCUGAUGGAGCUGGCGAGGCAGGCGGGUAGGCGAAGGGACGGGGAGAUUCUGGGGAGUGACUCAGUGACUGAGUUGCUGAGCUCGGCUUUGGAGACGGUGGUAAGGGAUGCGGAGUUGUUGAGGAUGAGUACGGCGGUGAAAGUGGUGGAGAUACUCACUCCCAUUCAGAACGUGAAGUUCUUGGGGGCGGUAGGUCGGUUCCAUAUGAAGAUAAGGACUUGGGGCUUGCAAAGAAACCGAGAGGGAGGAGCCAACGACUGA